AUGACUGAAUAUUGUGAUAGGAUUUAUAUCAGAGGAUUUCCGUCCUCCUACACCUCAGACUCUCUGCGCGAGCGCUUUAGAGAGUAUGGGCCUAUCAAGUCAAUUUACAUUACCAACAAUGAAUGGUCAAGUAUUAAUGAGGUCCAAGUACCUCUCCUUCACCUCGUCAAAGAAGCAUCCUAUUCUUGAUAAUUAAAAUAUAGAGAUAUUGCAGAGUAUUCGCUGAUAAACUAUUAACGCGAUUUAUAGCAUAUUUGCUGAUAUAUUAAAUCCUUCGUUCUGUAUCUCUAGUGCAUGCAGAAUUUUUAAAUUAGCAUUUAUUAAUAGAUUUAAUCAGUUUAAAUAGCUUUUUUGCUGUGUAAACAUAAGAUAUCUCAUUCAAAUUUAAUAAAAAAUUGCAAGCCAGCUUGCUAAUCACAAAUAUUUUUUUCUAUAAAUUUAUCUUCUAGGGCUGAGAAUUAGUGUAUUUAUAUAUAAAAAAUCCAAUUAGCAUUUUUUUGAAUAUUAAGUAGAGUAAAGAGAAUUAAAAUUGCAAAAUAAUAAGGCUCAUUAUCUAUUGUCUAAUGCUAUAUAAAAUCUUAAGCAGCAAUUAAAAUCACUUGGCACCAAUUUUUUUAAUUAAAUCUAAGAGGGAUUAACAACACAGAGUAUAUUUUAUUACACCUCAUAUGUAGAUUUAUAUCAACUUUUCAUAUCAAAAGUUUCAUAUAGGGCGUACCUGAGUCUCAUUUGUGAUUGACUAAAUGAAGGCACUGCUCCUUUUGGGAUCAUCAGAUAUAAAAAUCCUAAUAAUGCCCCAAAAGCAGUCGAAGCAGCCAACGCUAAACAAGAAGGCGAUAUCACUUGGUAUGUAGCAAUAUGCGAAAAAAAGAACGAAAGAAAAGCAAAAAGGGUCAAUGCCCACAAUCAAAAUAUUGAGAUAUGGAAAAAGACCAAUUUGUUUGUCAAAGGGCUGCCUAGCGAUGUCACUAAUGAAAAGCUGCAAGCCCAUUUCGGAAUUUAUGGAGAUAUCACCUCGAUUAGCAUAAAGAAUGAUAAAGUUUUCGUAUGCUUUGAUAAAGAAGAAGACGCGAAAAAAGCAAUUGAGGAUGCAAAAACGAGGCUUUUUGAAGAAAAAAAAUUAAAUGUCACGUCUUGGAUCCCAGAGAGGGAACUAAAAUUAAAAAUGAUGAUUAAUCAAAGGAAAAGACAAAUGUAUAAAGUGAGACAGGAACGCAAAAAAAAGAAAAGUGAAGAACGAGGGCAAACGGCUACAGAGGAAGCUAAAGAAGCAGAGCCAGCAAUGGAAAAGCAAGACAUCAUAGCUAAAGAAGCAGAACUAGCAAAGGAAGAACAAGAAAAAACAGCUACAGAGGAAGCUAAAGAAGCAGGACCAGCAAAGGAAGAGCAAGAAAGCAUAGCAAAAGAAGCAGAACCAGCAAAAGAAGAAUAA